AUGCGCGGUGGGCGUGGCCUGGGUCUGUCGACAAGCGAUGUCUUAAGGAGUAACACGGGUACAUGCCUUCUAGCGAUGGCCACUGCGGAUAUAAUCUCGUUGACAGCCAUUUUUUUGCAUUGUGUAUUGAGUUUGAACAUUUUGGUCAUUCAACAGUCCGUGUAUAAUUUCGUUUGUAAAUUAACAAUCUUCUCGACGCACGUGGCCACCUCGGUUAGUAUUUGGUCGUGGCUAUUGAUGUCGAUUCUACGCUACAUCUCAAUCCACCACNACGCUACAUCUCAAUCCACCACCCGAUGUGGCAGUAUCGAUCCGGGUACAGACCACAGCGAUUACUCGUGCUCGUUGUACUGCUAUGCUCUCUAUUCAACUUGUGGCUCGUUCCGUGCGUGGUUUAUGUCAAUCAACAGAGUGCUACUGCUGGCAGACAUCGGCUGGUCGUUUAUUUUGCCGAUUGCGGUGAUCACCUUUUUGGACACGUCCGCAUUCUGCAUUGUGCCGUUGCUGGUACGUAAUCGAAUGCGAGACGCUUUUAAUGACCGUGACAAUCGACAUUCGGACACUAAAAAACCUUUAAAAAUGAGCAAACACAGUGAGAAGGCGCGUCGGACUCUGUUACGAUGGCUGAUAAUCGCUCUAAUUGAUAUCGGUUUGAAUGCACCCGAUAAUUUGUUUCGAAUUGGAAUGAUUUUGGACGUAAUCACUGAGGAUCUAAUUACAACGAAUACCUACGUGAUUUUGAGGACUUUAUCCGAUGUCAUCUACUACUCGCAGUUCUCAUUUAACGCGGUCUAUCUGGCGCUAUUUAUUUACGAUCGAUGUACGUCACUACCCGAUAAGAAACAUCAUUUGGAUCGCAGCUACUUGAAC